CCGGCCCGGAUACCUGAGCGGGGCGUCACGUGGCCGCCACAUCAUCUCGCGUUCAAAGCCAAGGCCAGGAAGCCGGGGCGGCGGCGGCGCGCGGGGAAGAUGCUGCAGUCGCUGGCCGGCAGCUCCUGCGUGCGGCUGGUGGAGCAGCACCGCUCGGCCUGGUGCUUCGGCUUGCUGGUGCUGGGCUACGCGCUCUACCUGGUCUUCGGCGCCGUGGUCUUCUCCUCCGUGGAGCUGCCGUCCGAGGACCUGCUGCGCCAGGAGCUGGCCAAGCUCAAGCGGCGCUUCCUGGACGAGCACGCCUGCCUGGGCGAGCCGCAGCUGGAGCGCUUCCUGGCGCGGGUGCUGGAGGCCAGCAACUACGGCGUGUCCGUGCUCAGCAACGCCUCGGGCAGCUGGAACUGGGACUUCACCUCCUCGCUCUUCUUCGCCAGCACCGUGCUCUCCACCACGGGGUAUGGCCACACUGUGCCUUUGUCAGAUGGAGGAAAAGCCUUUUGUAUCGUCUACUCUGUCAUCGGAAUUCCCUUUACGCUGCUUUUCCUGACGGCUGUGGUGCAGCGCAUCAUAGUUCAUGUCACCCGACGGCCUGUGCUAUAUUUCCACGUUCGCUGGGGUUUCUCCAAGCAAGUUGUUGCCAUCGUCCAUGCAGUGGUUCUUGGGUUCAUCACUGUGCUGUGUUUUUUCUUUAUCCCAGCAGCAAUAUUUUCUGCUCUGGAGGAUGACUGGAAUUUUUUGGAAUCUUUUUACUUUUGUUUCAUUUCCCUGAGCACCAUUGGUCUUGGAGACUAUGUUCCGGGGGAAGGUUAUAAUCAAAAAUUCAGAGAGCUGUAUAAGAUAGGAAUUACAUGUUACCUGUUGCUGGGCCUUAUUGCAAUGUUGGUGGUUCUAGAAACUUUCUGUGAACUCCAUGAGCUCAAGAAGUUUAGAAAAAUGUUUUAUGUGAAGAAGGACAAGGAAGACGACCAAGAGCAUAUAAUAGAACAUGACCAGCUUUCCUUCUCCUCUAUUUCGGACCAAGCAGCUUCCAGGAAAGAGGAUCAGAAAGUAAAUGAGCCUUUUGUGACUGGUCAAUCUUCAGUUAACCAUGGUUCUAUUAACAAUUAAUAUGAGGGCACCCAUCCCAACAUUAUAGUGCACUUACACUAUUACAGUAAGAAAUAGAAUGCCUCUCUCUCUUUCUCUCUCUCUCUCUCUCUUUUUCUCUCAAGUAUAAGUGCUGAAAAACAAUGUAACAAGUAUUCAUCAUUUCAGGCACUAGAAAGAUUUCUGGAGCAAAUUAAUGUACCUAAAGCGGAAACUACGCUAGGAGAGUUGUCAGAAAUAUGACACAAAGUUGACUGUAAUAUCCAAGACCAGGAUCACCUAUAAUGUGGCAUGGAAAGAUGGAUGCAAGGUAUGGACUGGCAUCCACCUACCACACUCCUAAGACAGGUAUAGUCUGCAUUCCUUCAGUGCAGCCCCAUACCUCCAAAAGUGGGGUUGUGUCCACACCCCCAUGUAGUUACACACCCUAUGGGCAGUCCUUCCACUAGGCCUGGAGAAAAUAUUUUCAGUGAAGAAUAUUCACUGAAAAAUACAGCUUCUGUCAUCCCCAGAGUAUUAACUAAUGGACAUUAAUACACUAAACACUUUCAGGUGAAAGAGUUUUUGCAAGGGGAGGACUAGAUUCACAAAACUGCCGAAGAAGCUGCCAUGCCAUUAUGUAGUAGAUUGGGGUUACAGCACUGACCUGGGAUGUAUGCGAGUUUGAUUCAGUUCCAUCCUCUGCCUUAGGACCCACGUCUCAGACUUUGCAGGAGUACACCCUUUAUUUACUAGCUAGCUGGAAGCUAUUCUGGAAAAGAGUUUUCUCAUUUCUUCCUGUUAAUCCUGUUCCAUGGUAUAAAAAUACAUGAAUCGACAUCAAGACAGAAGGAAGUAGGUAAUGAACCUCCAGCCUGGUGAUUAGGAGACUCCAUUGAAAAAUGUGAAGCCUAGAUUCCAACCUCUCCUCCGGUGAGUGUUGACUUAUUUAUACAGAGCAAGACAAUGUCAGCAGCAGAGAUUGUGAGCACCCACCACAAGUUUGGAGGCUGAGCAAAAUGGCUUCAUAUCCUCUCAGGAAAAGGAUGGAAUCAAACCUUUUUCUCCCAUGACCUUAGUCAGUGCUCUAACCUCAAGCCAGGGGGUGAAAGAGGGGUAACAGCAACAGCUUUGUGAACCUAGCCUUUUACUUCCUUUCCUUUUCCUACAAAUGCACAAAACUGUUUAAUUUUUAAUCCAAUGGCACAUUUCAGGUUGAAAUAAAUAAAACUUUUCAGUCUUUUUCAGGGAGGGGAAUAAAAUGAAAAUUUUUCAAUCUGGUUUGCAGCAAACUAGAUUUUUGUUGUUUUUGUUUGUUUUUUGUUCUCUGGCUUGUCUGUCAACAGAAAAAAUUAUCUAUCUGUAUAGAGCAAGCUAGAUCCCACCCCUCUCCCCCCUCCACAGCUUAUGGGCUCCUACACCAUUAAAGGGUGAGAGAGAGAUCAAAGAUCAACAAUAAGGUGUUGGGCUGCAUUCAGUAAUCACUGAGUAAAAUUCAAGAGCCUGUAUUAUGUAGGUGGUAAGACUAAAUGAUAGCACCAGCCUCUUCUGGGCUUCAGAUAUAUACAAUGAGGGCUUUGCAGUUGAUUUCAAUGGGCAUGGGAUCAGCACAGGUAGCCCACAUCAGGGCUACCUUCCACAUAGGAAUAGUACAGGGGAAGACCUCUUCCCUGCAGUUCAUGCAUGCCAGACUGGCCAUAAUUUGCCCUGUAGUGUUAAGAGUUGACUAGCUUACUGUAACAAAGCAGCAAAACUAAAGUGUCUAGACUUUGCUGAUAUGGGAAUAAUACUUGAAACUAAAUUACCUAAAAGAUACUGUGUAUGAGUCUAGUUAAACCUAGCAUCAAACAGAUUUUAUAACUUUACUGGGAAAUUUUCCUUUGUGGUUAAAUUAGCUAAAAAUGUAUGCUAAACAUUUAUAUCCAAGAAAACAGAGCUAAAAGUGAUUUUUUUUUUUUAAAGCUAGGUUGAAGCAUACUGUGUUUGCAUGUUCCCAGCAAAGUGGCUAUUUUUCUACAACCUAAGUUAAGACAACUCUAUUUAUAAUGAAUGUCUAACCAAUAUAUGUGUACAUAUAUACACAUAAAUAUAUUUAUAUACUGUACAUAUAUCGUAGAUCACCAGAGUUUAAUUGACUUAGAAAGGACAUUUUAGAUAAAAGAUAUUUUCCCUAGAUUUCUCUUUAUACAAUGAGUAGCUCAAAAUUAUGGCAUUAAAAACUAUGUUACCUUCAGAUUCAAGAGUACUGAACUACCAGAAACAUUUAUACUGUUUUUCAGUGAAGUUUUAUUGAUUGUCUUCAGUACUGGAAAACUCCAGAUUUCUAUCAACUUCUGUAUCACUGAGUUCUAAAGAACAGGAUAUGCAUAGAGAUGUUAUUUGAAGAUAAGUCUGUAUCAAUGGCACAGUACAGACACUUGAUAUUAAAAGCACAGAAUUUGAAACAGAAGAGACAAGCUGAACAGUCUACUGUGUUGUAUGUGAAUAUUCAACAUUUUCAACAUAUAUAGUAAAAUAAAAAAGUUUGUGGCUUCGGCAGCCUG